CCGAUAACGCAAAGGGGCAGACCGUCGGCAAGCUUGCUGCAAGCUUACUUUGAAUAUUUGCAUACAUCCAGCUGGAUCAUUGCUAGAAACUUAUGUUGCGCGGUAGGUAGUAUAAUCUAAUACCAUGUCGCUGCUGAUGUCAACUUCGGCGACAGCAUGCGGGCGGGCGCACAACUCGCCGGUGCCGAGAACUGGCCCGUUUGGCAGAGCGCGACUGGCGCUCUCGCAUGUAAAAUUACGUCGUUAUGAAUAUCGCCACGGCCUUCACGCGGCAACGGCCGAUAGUGUGGCGACCGCGCCUGCCGACUUGCUGUACGCCAAAACCCCCGCCGGGGCAACGGAGACCUUGCAGGUCGUGAGCGUGGAUAGCAGCUCCUCUCCCGCAACUCUCACUGUCCAGUGGAAGGGACAGACCCUGCGGCUGAGCCCGCGCUCGGAAGGCGGCUGGAGCACGGAGAAAAUUGGCUGUUAUCCGGCUGAGGGCGGGGAGCUGCUGCGCGCCUUCCCAGCCAUGUCGGGCCGCCUGCUGUUGGAGCUGCACGAACACGCGGGCCCCGCGCCCACCGCCGUGUCAUCAUGGGACCGGGUCCACUCGCUUGGGGAGCUGGAGGCCGCGGCGACGGCGGAUGCAACGCUGUGGACGGAGGGCACGCGACCGGGGGCGCCGGAGAAGACGCCGCUGCAAGCUGCCACGCUCACCGCUGGCGAGCUGGUGGCGCUGAUGCAGGGCAAGCGCGGGGUGGUGAUCGUGCAGCUGUGGAACGGCUUCGAGCCCGCCCGCGGCCAGCCCCUGUUCGAGCCCUACGUUGUCGGGCUGUUGGAGCGGGCGCUCGCCACACCCGGCGUGAGAGCCGUCACCAGCACCGCGCCAGGGGGUGUGGGCCUGACUGCGGUGCUGUUUGCGGACAAAGAGCCGUUCAACGUGUGGGGGCCGCACCUCGCGUCCUUCGGCUGCCAGGCCAACGCGGUGGCUGGGAGCGCCUACUACAAAGUCCUCAUUGGCAAGAUCCUGGGAUAUGCGGACGAGAACAUCUACGGCUAUGUGCGCUCACUCGGCGGAGGCCUCACGCCCGCCAUCAUCUCGCAGGUGGAGGCGGAUCUUAAGAAGCUGUCCAAAGCAAAGCCCAAGUUACCUUGGAACCGCGAGGGCAGCCGCGGCGGAAAGAAGACGGCGCAAGCGGCGGGAGGAGCGCCGGGGGCGGGACAGCAGAAGGGAGGCGGCAAGCGGAAAUGAGCUGCUGAGGGUAGUCUUGCCACCAUUAGGAGGUGUUUUUUUACCGUUGCGCAUGCGCAAGAGGGAUUGAGUGCAUGCACGGUUGCGCGGGAGGUGCACGUGUCACGCCUUUAAUUUCAUUCUAUUGCGACCUACUCCAUCCGUACAAUGAGUACGGUAAAGUACGUUGAGACUGUAUCGAUACUGGAGAGUGCUGGCUUAUUCGGAGUGUGGAGAAGCGCAAGCGGGGAGCGCAGCAGAGGGACGCGUCUGGUUGUGGUUGCUGGCAAGCGCAGGAUUAGCAAGAGCGAAAUGGCGUUCAAGGUGACGAAGAACGGUAUGCCAUUCGUUUUUCUAUUACAAUCUGACAAAUGCAGAGUGUGCGGCGUGUGCCCAGCCGGCCGCCCCCCACGUCCACACUUUGACCGCAACACGAAUCCCCCUAUCCAAGCGUGCAGCGUGUGCGUGGUGGUAGCCUGCGCGCGUACUUCGUGCUCCACUCCUGGGCCCAGUAAGUAGCAACCCACUCCUCUCACAUACGGCCGCACUGGGCUGUUGCAGUAGAAGAUCCCGAACCGUCAGGGUGUCACAUAGCACUGAUUCGGCGCUCUUGAAACACCACUGCCAACCCCUACAGAACCCCGCAGACCUGCACCCCCAGCAGCCUCCGCCCAAGCAGUCACACUCCGCUAAAUUAGAUCUAAGGAACUUAAGGUAAACAACAGCACGCCGUAUUGCACUAACUGCACAGUAAUACGUAAGUAUGCUACUCGCUUGUGAUCUAGCCAGAUCUAGCACCCAGAAUCCCCUCUGUGUUCGUGACCUCGGAUCCAUUGAGUCCACACGCACGGCACGCACCCCACGCGCGUCCGGGAGCUAUCCAGUACUGCCUGCCAAGCAGGCAAGCACCUAAGCACACCAUGACAACAAAUGAUACUAGGCCUGAUACGUUGACACUUGUGCGCGCCAGAGCGAUCGCCCCAACAUCCCCACGCCGCGGCGCAAUAAUGCACUUUUAUGUAAAGAACGGAGACUGUAGCAAGGCACACACAAGGAAAUGCAUUCAUGACACCUUGCCUCGUCCUUCACUCUUAACAAGAUAUAAUACUCACGCUGUCAGCACAGCACACCAAGGAGACCUCCAAAAGCAAUAACCUCAAUUCUCCUAAUGUUGCCCAUUACAAAACCUUCUCUGACCGACCACUCGAGUCACACAGCAUCACUCGGUGCCUCUCACUCGGCCCACGGCUUAGGUGAGCAGCGGUAGCGUUUGCGGUGAGCCGGGCCUGGGGUCCCUCCCCUCUACUCCGGAG